AUGAUUUCCUCAAAAGACUUUUUGCGAAAAAAUCUGAAGGUGAUUCAAGGCUAUCCCAUGAUCAAUCCUUUUGCAAUCAUUUGGGAAAACAUGAGAAAAUUCCAAAGCAAGCCAGAUGACAUAAUAAUAGCUACAUAUCCCAAAUCAGGUACAACUUGGAUUAGUGAAAUUUUAGACAUGAUUCUAAAUGAAGGAGAAAUUGAAAUAUGCAAUAGAGAUUUUAUUACUAAUAAAGUUCCAAUGUUGGAAAUGUAUGCUCCCGGAUUAAGAGCUUCAGGUAUUGAUUUAUUAGAAAAGACUCCAUCACCCAGGCUUGUGAAGACACAUUUACCAAUUGAUCUCCUCCCUAAAUCUUUCUGGGAGAACAAAUGCAAGAUGAUUUAUUUGGCUCGAAAUGCCAAGGAUGUUGCAGUCUCGUAUUACAAUUUUAGCUUAAUGAAUAGUUUAAACCCACUUCCUGGCACCUGGGGAGAAUUUCUGGAGAAAUUUAUCACUGGUGAAGUUGCCUAUGGUUCCUGGUUUAAGCAUGUUAAGAGCUGGUGGGAGAAAAAAAAGGAAUAUCCAGUUCUUUACAUAUUCUAUGAAGACUUAAAAGAGAAUCCAAAGCAGGAAAUCAAGAAGAUAAUUCAAUUUCUCGGGAAGACAUUAAAUGAUGAAAUUUUGCAAAAGAUUAUUCAUCACACCUCAUUUGAAGUAAUGAAGGACAACCCAAUGGUAAACUAUACGCACCUUCCCUGUGUUCUGAUGGAUCAUAGCCAAUCUGCCUUUAUGCGGAAAGGAAUUACAGGUGACUGGAAAAAUUACUUCACAGUAGCCCAAAACGAAAAAUUUGAUGCCAUUUAUGAGAAGGAAAUGUCUGGAAGUGGUCUUCUGAUCCGCACAGAAAUUUAG